CAGAAUUCCAAAGCAGCGUCAUCGCAAAGGCCCUUGAACGAAGGAAGGAUCUCCACCGGGAUACGGGAAGGGGGGCAAAAAAAAAGGUUCUGUUGAAUGCGUACGGCUGUGAAGCAGUUUGAAUAUACAUAUAUCGCCUAAGAUGGCGGCUAGCGGCGACGCAAUAAAACCCAACUGCCAUUUCGAUGAAAAAUCCGAUGAUGUCGAAAAAUCGCCCCCGCCGGAUACCAGGCAGCUCGAAACUGAACACGGGCCCGUUGUAGCCGACAAUCUCGCGCGCAAGUUGUCCGCGCGCCAGGUUCAAAUGAUUGCAAUUGCAGGUACCAUUGGCACGGGUUUGUUUUUGGGAACGGGAAAGACGCUGGCAACCGGUGGUCCGGCUUCAAUGCUCAUCUCCUAUGCAAUUGUGGGAGCGAUUGUUUUUACCACGAUGUUGGCCCUGGGAGAAAUGGCGGCGUUUAUGCCCAUCGCCGGGUCUUUCUGCACUUAUGCAGGGCGAUUUGUUGAUGAUGGACUUGGAUUCGCGAUCACUUGGGUCUAUUGGUUCAAUGAUGCGGUAGCAACUGCUGCGGAUUUGGUUGCAUUACAGUUGCUUUUGGCCUAUUGGGACGAGAAUUUCCCUGCAUGGGCGUUUAGUUUAAUCUUCCUCGUGGUGCUGAUUGGACUGAAUAUUGUCAGUGUGAGAGUCUACGGUGAAAUGGAAUACUGGCUAAGUAUCCUGAAAGUAGCCACGGUGAUUAUCUUCAUUAUUCUCGGUAUCGCAGUCAACUGCGGUGCGAAUACGGAUAGGGAGUAUAUUGGCGGAAGGUACUGGCAUAUUGGAGACGCUCCCUUCGUUGGUGGUAUCGGUGGCUUUGCGUCUGUCUUCGUCACUGCUUCCUUCGCAUAUGGCGGGACUGAGUCCAUCGCGAUCACCGCCGGUGAAACUCGCAAUCCAACCCGCAAUCUUCCUCGCGUCAUCCGUAACGUCUUCUGGCGCAUUCUCAUUUUCUACAUCCUCGCAGUCCUUAUCAUCGGCCUUAAUGUUCCCUACGACUAUCCCGACCUCUCCACCAGCACCUCCACAACAAGUCCCUUCACUAUCGUCUUCCACAAGGUUGGAAGUAGAGUUGCCGGAAGCUUUAUCAAUGCGGUCAUUAUGACUAGUGUUAUCUCAGCGGGAAACCAUGCGUUGUUCGCCGGCGCGAGAUUAAUGUAUACCCUUGCCGUCGACCGUCAUGCGCCGGCCUUUCUUGGCCGGUUAACUGGACGGAAGGUUCCGUGGGUAGCCGUGCUGGCAACCUCCGCAGUGAGUGGCCUGUGCUUCGGUGCCAGUUACAUUGGCGCCGGCCAGUUGUGGACUUGGCUUCAAAACAUUGUUGGUGUCUCUAAUCAGUUAUCUUGGCUCUGCAUCGGAAUUGCCUCCCUGCGCUUCCGCCGUGCCGUCGACAUCCAGGGACUCACCCACCUUCUCCCCUUCAAAAAUUGGACCUAUCCCUACGGGCCUGUCCUCGCCAUCCUCCUCAACUCCGUCCUCAUCCUUGUCCAGGGUUGGUCGUGCUUCUCUCCAUACUUCAAAGCCGUAGAUUUUGUCAGCUUUUACGUCCAAUUACCCAUCCUAGGCGGAUUGUUCGUGCUAUGGAAACUUUUGAAGAGAACAAAAUGGGUGAGACUUGAAGAGAUGGAUCUGGUCACGGACCGAUGGGAUGGAGGACGAUUUGGGCCCGGCACCGGUGCUGGUGCUGCGGCUGCAGCCAGGAGAGGAGAAGAUUGGCGUGAUGAGAGGACAUGGAAUGGCCCGCAGGGAGAGAAGUCGUUCUGGGAGUUGUCCUGGAAGAGUAAGAUGAAGCAUGCUGGCCAGUGGCUGUUCUUUUAACCUGGGAAUUCUUGAUGGUAAUGCACAGUGUUCGGCAUUUGGUGUGCUUUUUGUCUUUUACCCUAUUGAAGAUUCCCCGAAUUGCUCCCUUGUCUUCGUUUCUGGUAGAUGAUAUCAGGGUAAUGCAUCCCAGAAAAUGUUGAUUUUCCCUUUCAAAGUACGGAAUACAUAUA